AUGUUGUAUUCAUCAAUAUUUCAGGGUACUAUCUUUUUCCAUCACGUUAAAGAUACUGAUUUCAAGCCGAAUCGAUACUAUACGUGUACGGCCGAAAAUACGAAGCUCAAGGACUACAAAUUUGGCAGUCAGUUCCGAUUGGAUGUUACCACCAAUAGGAGACGGAGCUUAUCGUCGCCAAUUCCGCCAACAGAACAGUAUGUCAACCAGAGUUCACCAGUGGCUUUACAAGGAACCAUACAUAAACUGCAUUGUUUCUUCAGUGGAUAUCCUGAGCCCAAACCUGAAUGGAAGCACAAUGGUGUUGCGAUUGCAGAAGAUGAUCCACGUUUCACAUUUGAAGCGUAUGGUAAAACGCUCGUUUUUAAUGUGAGCUUCGAUACAGCUGGCCAAUACCAAUGCAUAUUUCCGAAUCAUUUGGAUUUAGAUCGGAAAUUUGAUGUUGUCGUUGAAGCUGCACCAUAUUGGCCAAAUGGACCACCACCAAAUACGCAAACGAGUGAAGGUGAAACGGUAAAAUUUGAUUGCUCGGCAAGUGGAAAACCAACACCUUCGGUAACAUUCUAUAAGAAUGGUGUAGAAAUGAAUAAUAAGCAGAAGGAUAGCGAUAGAUGGGUUAUUGAUGGUAGUAUAUUGACACUGUACGAUGUGAAGAAAGGCUUACAUGGUAAUGGUGAUAAUGCCGUCUAUCAGUGCAAAGCUGAGAACAAACAUGGUUAUGUUUGGGCGAAUUUCUAUUUGAAUUUACUGGCAUUCAAGCCACAGCUAGUGAACGAUUCCGGUGUAGUAGAAACGGUAAUUGGUUCAAAAGUGACGCUGUUCUGCCGUUUCUUUGCAUCGCCAAUUGCUGAUAUCACUUGGGAAAGCAGUGUGUUGGCUGGCGUAGCGCAUAAUAUCGUACCGGCAGAUGCCCAAGGAGAAGGCAAACUCAUCAUUAACUCAGCUGGACGGGAUGCGGAAGGUGAAUAUCGUUGUAUUGGAAAGAAUAAAUACGAUAGUGCAGUUGGUCGUCAGCUAGAAAAGGUCUUGGCUGGUCAUCAAAUCGAGUUACCAUGUGAGGCGCAACAUGACGAGAACCUUCAUGUUACAUAUGAGUGGUUAGUGGAUGGUAAGCCACUGUCACAACAACAUUUAGUGUCCGGUCAUUAUCGCGUCAGCGAUACGAAUUCGUUGAUCAUCUCAAAUCCGUCACGAUAUGAUGCUGCCAAUUAUUCGUGUGUCGCAAAAACUCCGUUGGAUUCAGCCGAAAAGUGGAUUGAAAUUCGUGUUGAUGACGUACCAAAUCCGAUUCAUGCUGCGUUUAUUGCUAAGUGCGAUCCUACUGCACAAAUCACCUCAAUCAAGUUUGAGUAUAUGGAAGACGCUGACUUUGGUGCACCGAUCAAAGAAAUAUGGGCACAGUAUCAAAUAGAUGAGGAAACUGAUGGUUCGGUAUGGUCAACACAUCCACAUCCAGUGUUGGCAGAUGCAUUCGAAUCAGUCGAGAAUAACCAGCGUAUAGUCAGGGGAUCGCUUGAAGUGUCCAUGCGUCCAUUUGGCAAUUAUCAUUUUCGUGUGUUUGGACGUAACGAAUUUGGUGACGGCGCACCAACAAAUGUAAAAGGUGAAUGCAAGACUCCAGCGCGAGUCCCUGACAAGAAUCCUGAAGGUGUUUGGGCGACUGGAUCUCGUCCUGAGAACCUUAUCGUUUUUUGGAAACCGAUGCCGCGCGAAGACUGGAAUGGACGUGAUUUCCAUUAUGUUAUACGAUAUAGACCUUCGGGCUCAAACGGUGAAUGGAAGGAAGAGAAAGUGGACGAUCCGUACAGCGAUCGGCAUACGAUUGAACUGUCUGCCGAGGAUGCCUUCCGGCCAUAUGAAGUGCAGGUGCAAGCAGUUAAUGAAGAAGGCCAAUCUAAUGUCGCACCACAAUCGGUUGAAGGCUAUACGGGUGAAGGUGACCCCAACUAUACGCCAACUGGUUUUCGAUUAGUGGAUUCUGAUUCCAGUUCAGCCACAUUUGCUUGGGAUCCGAUAGAUCGACAUCAAGUGCAAGGCAAUUUCACGGGUAUUAAAAUAAUAACAUGGUCUGAAGAAGAACCAUAUAAAGAUGAAGAAGAUAAAGAGAACGAACGAUUUAAACGAUUUAGCGUGAGAGAUGCGAAACAACAAGAACGACUUCGACGACGAACAAAACGUGGAACUUUGGGACUGGACGAAGUGCCAUCAGAAAAUCGAAAAACAACGAUCGUAUCACCAGACAAACAAACAGCCACAGUAUUUAAUUUACGUCCGGACAGUGUCAAUUAUGCACAAAUCGCUGUGAUGAAUGGACAGAACGAUGGCGCACCGUCGGAGACAAUAUCAUUUCGCUUGAAGGAAGGCGUACCAACACCAGUCCGAAAUUUGGAAGUGUUACCAAUGAACAAUAAAAAUGAAAACGAGAAAGCUGUGGUCGUAGUUAGAUGGAGGAAACCGAUUCAUAUGAAUGGUAAACCAUUGGGUUAUACGGUUGAAUCGUGUUUGGUUGCGCCAAAUGGUCAAAUGACACCGAGGCAAUCGUGUCCUAGAAGGAGUGUUGCUCCAGACGAGUAUAACGUAAGAGUAACGAAUUUGGAGAAUCGAAGCAAGUAUCGUUUCAUCGUUUAUGCGAGUACAGCGGCUGGUAAAGGUGAUCCAAAUUCACGCGAUGUUAUCACUCUACCCGACUACUUCCGACCGAAACUUGAACCAGUGCAACCGUUGCUAGAAGAGAGUGGUGUUGGUGAUGAUCACAUAAAUAUAACUAUAACACCGGGUGAAUAUGACGAAAGUGACGAAAGACCUAUUGGUAAUGCAGUGUACGUGAAGUAUAAGAAAAGUGAUUCUGAAGAUUGGGAAGUUGCACAGCCACAUCAUGAUAAUUUAACGAUACACAUCGGUGAUCUGGAACCUGGUACCAAAUACGACAUUGCGGUUGUUGCUCAACAAAAAGAUCCUUCUGGGGAAAUUCGAGAGACGGAAUCAAGUGUUGUGCAAGUAAUGACGACUGGCAGUGCUGUGCGAAGUGGUAAAAUGUGGUGGUUAAUAAUAAUUUUGCUAACCAUAUUAUUACUACUAAUAAUUUUGUGUAUUGUUUGUGUGGCUGCUAGACAGCGUGGUGCCAACUAUCCAGUAUCUGAAAAAGAACGACAGCAAGGUCGUCAACCGAUUCUUUCAGGUGGCAAAGAUCGGGGUUUCGGCGAAUAUGUUAAACCGGAAGACGAUGAGAAGAGGUCGUUAACGGGCAGUAAACCAGAAUCUGAAACUGACUCGAUGGCAGAAUAUGGAGAUUCUGACCCUGGCCGAUUCACUGAAGAUGGUUCUUUCAUAGGUCAAUAUGUCCCUAACAAAACGCUGGUUAGUUCCUCAGGUGAUAAGCCCGAUAAAGAUUCAGCAUCUACGUUUGUCUAG